CGUGGGAGGAGACGAUAGAGAGUAGAUACUUCCUUUCCCCACGGCUCGACAGUCCAUUAAACAGAACUGCCCCCUCCUCGCCUCUUCUUCCAUUCUAAUUCACCCUCACCCUCUCUCUCCAAAACUGGCUGGGCCGGUCGCCCCAAGUUGAAUGUUAUCUGUUCAUCAUUUUUUUUUUCUUCGUGCCCAAAACCCCAUUUUCGUGGGGCAGGAUUUCACCUUUUGCAGCAAAAUCCCAUUUUCGUUCCCAUCCCGAGAACCCUAACCUCAUUACAGAUUUCCCCUCUCACUCUCUCGAUCAUCGUUUGAAACCCUCUCUCGUUUCCGCACAGUCCAGAUCUUUGUAAUCACUGCUCCAGCAAGGCAGCAACCAUGCUCCGCCGCCACCUCUGCUGCCUUUCUACCCACAUUCUCCUCCUCUUCUGCUCGUUCCCCUUCUUCUCCGCCGCGCUGCCCUUUCCCAACUCCUCUGCCCACACUCACGCCCACCCCGAUCCCGAUUUCGUCGCCCGUGAAGUCCAAAGGCAGGUGGCGUACUCCAACCGGCGCGCGCUCCUGGCAGCCGGCGACAAGGACCAGUGCAUCACGGGGAACCCGAUCGACGACUGCUGGCGGUGCUCCGGCAGUGACUGGCGGGAGGACCGGCAGAGGCUGGCUGAGUGUGGCAUCGGGUUUGGCCGUGACGCACUUGGCGGCAAGGGCGGGCCGAUCUAUGUUGUCACGGACCCGUCGGACCGUGACCCGGUGAACCCUGCUCCAGGCACUCUCCGCUACGGCGCCAUCCAGGAUGGCCCCCUCUGGAUAACCUUCGCCCGCGAUAUGACUAUCCGUCUCAAUGAGGAGCUUCUGGUGAAUAGCUUCAAGACUAUCGACGGACGCGGUGCUGUAGUCCAUAUUGCCGGCGGCGCCUGUAUCACCCUCCAGUAUGUAUCCAACGUCAUUAUCCACAACCUGCACAUCCACCAUUGCGUCUCAGCGGGCGAGGCCAACGUGCGCGCCUCGCCAACGCAUUACGGCUGGCGGACGCGCUCCGACGGCGACGGCAUCUCCAUCUACAGCGGCCGCAAGAUCUGGGUGGACCACUGCGCGCUGUCCUAUUGCGCCGAUGGCCUGAUCGAUGCCAUCAUGGGCUCCACGGCGAUCACGAUCUCCAACAGCUACUUCUCUCACCAUGACGAUGUUAUGCUGCUCGGUCACAGCGACGACUACCUACCGGACUCGGGGAUGCAGGUGACCAUCGCGUUCAACCGCUUCGGGGAGGAGCUCGUGCAGCGGAUGCCGCGCUGCCGCCGAGGCUACUUCCACGUGGUCAACAACGACUUCACCUCGUGGGAGAUGUACGCCAUCGGCGGCAGCGCCAACCCAACCGUCAACAGCCAGGGAAACCGCUACAUUGCUCCGGCCAACUCGAACGCCAAAGAGGUGACGAAGCGGGUGGACACGGAGGAGAAGGAUUGGAGCAAGUGGAAUUGGAGGACGGAGGGGGACGUGAUGGCGAACGGAGCGUUCUUCGUGGCGUCGGGGGCCGGAGCGGGGGUGGAGGCUAAGUACGCCAUGGCAGAGAGCGUGGACCCUAAGUCUGCCGCGCUCAUCGACCAGCUCACUAUGAACGCCGGCGUCCUUGGCGGGGCCAGGAGCAAAAAGUGACUCAAGCCUCGGGUGAAUAGUGAUCUGAGGCGCCUCCUAUUCAAGUGGAGGCGCCUCAGAUGCUUCGGCCGAAGUCCCCGUGUGGGAGGGCACGAGGCGCCUCCCGGAUGAUGGCACCUUGAAGCUUGCCGCCGGAGGCACCUUGGAGAGCUUUGAAGGCGCUUUCCAGAGGAUAAAAUCUGCAAGUUACAAGUUUUAUCGAUUCCGAAGAUAAGGGGAUAAAAAUUGUUGCUGGAGGCACCUCGGACAAGUUGGAGGCACCCCCAACAGUCCAUACAAACCCUAUUCGAGCAGCCUUCAACACACAUCUUCUUUACGAACUGCAAAGACCGUUUUGUUGUUGCUAACAUGUCCAACUGCUGCAAACACGUUCAAUUGCUGCUAUACUAAUGUGACCGGCAGAUCGACACCAACUCUUGAGCGCUUCUGGAUCCUUUUCUACGAGUUGGUAACGAAGUUAAUUAUUGCAUCUCUUUAUUAUUUGUAAAAGGGGGUGUAGGUGGUUACACUUUCCUUUCUUCGAUAUCUUGUAUUCGAUUUCCUCUUCCGACGAUUCCGGAAGAAGUUUUUAGUGGAUUGUCCGUCGAUACGGUCCGAGA